CUGCCCAGUCUUAUUGCCAGAGAAUGAAUCACCCUGUGUGUAUAUAUUUGAGUGUUUGUGGGUGUGUAAGGAGUAAGAAAUUUCUGCUUUAGACCUUGCAAACAAUUUGCUCCAUCGUUACUCUCUGCAUAACUUCAGAUCACUACAGCCUUGAGAUAUGUCUAAGUUGGAGAAAGCCAUUGCAGCCAUUGUGGAGGUGUUUGAUGAGUUUGCUGGAAAAGACGACCAGAAAUCACAGCUCAGCCCAGCUGAGCUUAAAGAGCUCAUCAAAACCCAGCUGAGCAGUCCAGAUUUCAAGGAUAAACUGGACCCAGAGAAUAUUAAGGAGGUCAUGGACGCUCUGGAUAAGAACCGUGAUGGAAACGUGAACUUCCGUGAAUUCAGUCAGUAUGUGGCUUGUCUAUCCAAAGGCUACUACACAAAGACACACGGCGGGAAGGGUGAGAGACAAAGGAAGUGAGCGCUCCUUAAAAUCUUGAUGCCCGUCUUACAGCAAUCACCUACAUCCCAUCGGGUCUCUAAUCUUUGUGUAGUUCUUGAAUGAAUCUCUCAAUGUUAUUCUACAGUAAUAAUCAACCAGUUAUGAAAAUAAUCUGUAAUUCUGCAAAUAUAAAGAAUAAAAUGCAAUAGUUAUUUAUUUUUCUCUGGAUUUUUUCUGGAUAUUAAUAAAAAUCUUUUGGAGCAA